AUGGCUACCGUAGCACAUGUCCACCCGCACCUCCGUCGCGAUGAAAAGAACGGCACCAAGCUCAUCGUCAAGGGUAAGCCGUUCCUCAUGCUCGCCGGCGAGCUGCACAACUCCAACCUCAGCUCGGCCAGCUACAUGGCCGAUGUCUGGCCGCGUAUGGUCCAGAACGGCAUCAACACCCUCCUCGGCGGCGUCUCCUGGGCACAGGUCGAGCCCGCAGAGGGGGUAUUUGACUUCUCGGAGCUGGACAAGGUCAUCCUCGGCGCGCGGCAGCACGACAUGCACCUGGUGCUGCUGUGGUUCGGUACGUGGAAGAACGCUGUCAGCACGUAUGUGCCCCCAUGGGUGAAGAAGGACUCGGGGCGCUUCCCCCGUGCGCGCAGCGUUGACGAGCACGGCAACCGAGCCAUUCUCGACGCCAUCUCGCCGCUGUCCCGGGAGUGCGCCGAGGCCGAUUCGCGGGCGUUCGGCGCGCUCCUGGCUCACAUCAAGGAUUUUGACCAGCAUCAUUCCACGGUCCUCAUGGCCCAAGUGGAGAACGAGACAGGCAUCCUUGGUGACUCCAGGGACAGGUCUACCCUAGCUGAGGCAGCUUGGGAGGAGCCCGUUCCCGAAGCCCUGCUUGCUCAUCUCGCCGAAAACCCUCACCCGAAAUUCGCCAAGCGGUUCCCCAGUAUCCAUAGGAGCGGCAAGCACUCGUGGGAAGAGGUCUUCGGACCAGGGGCCCCCGCUGACGAGAUGUUUAUGGCGUUCCAUAUCUCACGGUUCGUACAUAAGGUCGCUGCAGCUGGCAAGGCCUCCUACCCAAUUCCCGUCUAUGCAAACGCCUGGCUCGCCGUCGACGGCCCGGAAUGCCUCGACCCCUCGACCCCUUCCUUCGUGGCAAGCUCUAAAGAGGUGGCCGGCGGCUCCAAGCCGGGUGAGUACCCCUCUGGCGGCCCCUGCGUCCACGUCCUCGAUGUCUGGCGGUUCAACACGCCUUCUCUCGACUUCAUUGCGCCCGACAUCUAUUUUCAAGACUAUGAGAUGACCUGCAGAGACUACUUGUACAAGGACGAUCCUCUUUUCAUCCCGGAGCAGCGGCGCGAUCCGGAGGGCGCCCGAAGGAUGUGGCUGGCAUACGGCACAUACGGCGCAAUCGGAGUCAGCCCUUUUGCCGUCGAGUUUGACGCCACGGCCGUUGGGCGGGAGUUCAAGGUCCUGAACCAGGUCAAGGACAUUGUGGCGAGUGCCUCGGCCACCGACCGCUUCGGAUUCUUCUUCGACAAGCUGCAAGAUCCCCCGCUGGCAGAGAAGCCGUGGGUGAAGGUCUUCGGAGACAUGCAAGUGACGGUAGAGCGAGCCUCUGUCUUCGGCAAACCGGGCCCCGGCGGGGGGCUUAUCGUCAGGCUGGCCGAGAACAAGUUUCUACUUGUCGGCUUUGGCUUCGAUGCGAGGUUUAAGAGCCUGAGGAAGGGCGUUGGGUUCACAGGUAUCUUGACCUCGAGGGAGUUGGAGGCCGGCGACGAUGGCACGCUCCGUACUGGGCGCAUCUGGAACGGCGACCAGAUCAAGGGCGGCGAGGCCAUGGUGAUGCCCAACGAAGAGCCUGACUACGGGGAGUUUCCCAUCCCAGCCUCGACUCCUGCUCGCACGGGCAUUGCAGAGGUUGAGGCGUACGUCCUGGAAGAGGAGACUUGA